AUGAUUCUCCGUCAAGCCAUCAAUAUCCGGCCAGACUUACGCGCUAUCGUCAAGGAGUACAUUCGAUGGAUGCCGACAAAUAUCAUGGUGGCGCCCGAUGCAAUCAUGCAGGACGACAAGUACAUUGGACUCAAGAUACCAGCUGAAGCGACUGUAGGGACUUCAUAUGAUUCUGCUAUAAACCCCAACCCAGGAAUAAUCGACACAUCACUAUUUGAACACGAACUCCGCUCGGAGUUCGCAUGUGCAACUGCACGCGACCCAUCGCAGCGAGGCACUUACAUCUUCGGUGCUGGGCGUCGCGUGUGUGAGGGCGUGCACAUCGCAGCGCGCUCACUAUUCCUCACUCUCACACGUCUGCUGCGGACGUUCGACUUCAAGGUACCUGAAUCAAGAAACCUGCCAGAUGUGGAUGAUCUGGUAGGUGACUCGACGGUGCAACCCGCCCUAUCUGAAGUCAGAACCGUUAGGAGGGGCAAGGAGAAGAAGAGUCUAGUGCAGGAGACGUAA